AUGCGACUCACUCACAGCUUGGGCGGUGGUGACGCCAUUGAUUGGAAAUGCCCGGAUUGGCGCGAAUACAAGCUUGAUCAUCCUGAGCUUCAAAAACACGUCAAAUCACUUGCAGCCAAAGGCUUGAAGGAUCCAUGGAUACGGAAUUACGCUUGGCAUUUUUCUCCAAAGAUACACAAGACCCCCUGGCAGUUCAUCAAAUCUACGCUUUUUAUGAAUGCACCUCAGGGUCUCGCUCUUGCUCUGCUAAUCACUGCUGUUUUCAAGGGUUAUGAACAGUAUAGCCAGUCUGCUUCACAUAACUCGCACGACUAG